GGAACUGCAUGUGACGUGUCUAAAAAGUGUUUUGCGCUACAGCGGUGGAUCCAACUCGUGGCGGGGGGGGUUUUCUUUCUAUUUAGGCAUUUGUUUUGGUUUAUUCGGUGUCAAGAUGCUAGAUUUCUUCACCAUCUUCAGCAAAGGGGGCAUAGUGCUGUGGUGUUUUCAGGGAACCGGGGUGACAGAGUCCUUCACCGGGCCUGUCAACGCCCUGAUCCGCUCCGUGAUCCUACAGGAGAGAAGUGGCAAUAACUCCUUCAACCAUGAGGCCCUGAGUCUUAAGUAUAAGCUGGACAACGAGUUUGAGUUGAUUUUUGUGGUGGGUUUUCAAAAGAUCCUGACGCUGACUUAUGUGGACAAGUUCAUAGAUGACGUCCAGCUGCACUUUCGGGAUCGUUAUAAAAAUGAACUGGAGCAGAAGGGAGCCAUGAAGCUUCUGAACCACAGCUUUGAAUUUGAGGACGACUUCAAAAUGCUUCUUAGAGAGGCAGAAAAGAGCAGCAAAGCUCGAAGCCCCGCCCCUAUGCGGUCUUUUAAGGAGUCCGAGAAAUCUCAAAAAACUGUGAAGUCAAUGAUCGAAACAAAAGGAGGCGACAAAGGAAAGGAACAGGGUGGCAAAAAGAGCAAAAAUACCAAAAAAGAAGCUCCUGUUGCGGAGGUCGUGAAGGAAGGCAAAGCCCAGUUUUCUUCUGGCCAGAAGCUGGUUGAGAAUGGCAACCACGGCCUGACUCCCGAAGAGAUCAUGCAGAAGAAGAGAGAAGAAUUCUUCCGCAAGUGUGCAGCGGGACCUGCUGAAAAAGUCAGUAAGUCUCCAAAGCCUCAGAAGCCCAGAGAGAAACAGAGGCGUGUUUGGGACAUGGGUGGUAGCAGUACUAAGGACCUGGACUAUAGUGAUAGGAAUGGAGACAGUUCUCCAAAUGGUGGUGACCAAAACCAGGAUGCACUUAUUGAGCCUGGGAUGCAGCUAAGCUCCAUGAAGGGAGACUUGCUCUCUGUGGAAUGCGAUUCCAGUGAGGAGGAAGUGAUGGAGGAAGAGGAGAGAGUGGCCGUAAAUGCCAUCAAAAAAAGCUCCAAAAAGAGUGGAGGUUUCGGGGGCAUGUUCGGGAUGCUGAAGGGCCUAGUCGGCUCCAAGAGCCUGAGCCUGGAGGACAUGGAGCCAGUUUUGGAGAAGAUGAGGGAGCACCUCAUUGCAAAGAAUGUAGCAGCCGACAUCGCCUUGCAGCUUUGUGACUCUGUUGCCAAAAAACUUGAAGGCAAAGUCAUGGGCACAUUCACCACUGUUGCCUCGACAGUAAAGCAGGCCCUGCAGGACUCGCUGGUGCAGAUCCUGCAGCCCAAACGCAGGGUGGACAUCCUGAGAGACGUCAUGGAGGCACAGAGCCAGAGAAGACCUUUUGUCAUCACUUUUUGUGGCGUCAACGGGGUCGGAAAGUCCACCAAUUUGGCAAAGAUCUCUUUUUGGCUCGUGGAGAACGGGUUCACAGUGCUGAUAGCCGCUUGCGACACCUUCCGCGCCGGGGCGGUGGAGCAGCUGCGAACCCAUCAGCGCCGCCUGAACUCCCUGCAUCCUCCGGAGCGGCAUGGAGGACGCACCAUGGUCCAGCUCUACGAGAAGGGCUACGGGAAGGACGCUGCUGGAAUCGCAAUGGAGGCCAUUGCCUAUGCGCGCAACCAGGCUUUUGAUGUGGUGUUGGUGGACACUGCCGGGCGUAUGCAGGACAACGCCCCCCUCAUGACAGCCUUGGCUAAGCUCAUUGCGGUCAAUAUGCCAGACCUUGUCCUGUUCGUCGGGGAGGCUCUGGUGGGCAACGAGGCAGUCGAUCAACUGGUGAAGUUUAACCAGGCUCUGGCAGACCACUCCAUGUCUGACAAGCCUCGUCUCAUUGACGGAAUUGUCCUCACCAAGUUUGACACCAUCGAUGACAAGGUCGGUGCCGCGAUCUCCAUGACUUACAUCACAGGCCAGCCGAUUGUGUUCGUGGGCACAGGGCAGACCUACAACGACCUGCGCAGUCUCAACGCCCGCGCCGUGGUCAGCGCCCUGAUGAAAGCUUAAAACAAACAACAACAAAAAAGGCUGCAUGUUGAUACCAUUCUGCCACACUACCUGCCUGCGCUUCUUGUCCUCCUGUUCUCUCCACUUUUUGCGGUAAUUCUAAAGCAUGUCCCAUGUCGCUGCUCAGGACACUAGUCAUGUUCAGACCUACACUAACCUUCCAGAGGAGCCUCCCUGUUUUGUUUUUUUGUCUUUGGGCCAAAUUGAAAAGUACCUCAUUCACUUGAGUUAUGCCAUACAGUAGCUUCCCAAUGGACCUCAGUUUUACUCAUUAGGAACUAUUUUAAAAAAAAAACUACCUGUACAAACAAAAUAUGUGGCAGUCAUGGAAAUAAAUAAGUCAGGUUGACAGCAGCUGCCCGAGCAAAGCUUAGUGACCGUAGUGCCUAUUUGUCUCCUGUCGUCAUGGUUACCUUUCACAACACACGGCGUGAUCCAUCAAGGACACAUGGAAUUAAUCCUACUCAAGAGGAAAAGAUGGGAGCCGGAGUCAUGUUUAAACUAGUUGAUAUCGGGACUGCUCACCAGCCUAACAAAUAACGAGAUAUAAUCACAAAAGGAGACUCCAGACUAAUUUCAGUUGAUUUUUUUUUUCUGUAAAUGAAUGAUUGCUCCUAUAAAUUUUAUUUAUGUAUCAAUAAACAUCUCUCCCAACCCCUCA